AUGUCUGAAGUCAGUUGUUUCUUGUUUAAUCAGGUGAACUGUCUAGAAGAUUGGGCUUCCUUGGACAAAGACCAUUCUAUGUCUUUGCUUGGAGCAAUUGAAGCAUUGAAGGCUAGCACUCUUCGUCUUCCGGUUGUCGGAGGAGCAAUUGGUGAUAUUCAAAGCUUGAAGGAUGCUGUACGCUCAGCUGUUGAUGUGAUGCAAGCAAUGGCUUCCUCGACAUGUUCGACUUUGUCAAAGGUGGAGGAAGUGAAUUCUUUGGUGACCGAACUUGCUAAAGUCACUACAACAGAGCAGACUUUGCUUGAACAAUGCAAAGAUUUUCUGUCCAUGUUAGCAGCCAUGCAGAUUAAGAACUGUAGCUUGAGAACACAUAUAUUACAAAAUCAUCGUGUCAACUGCCUGACAACAAGUGUGUAG